AUGCUCAUUCUUGGAACUUUACUCCUCACGAUUAUAAAUGGACAAACCUGUUCCGCACCUGGCGAUUCUUGCGUGGAAAGGACUUUUAUAGCGCUCAAGCCUGAUGCAAUACAGCGCGGGCUGGUCGGCGACAUAAUAAAUCGAUUCGAACGAAAGGGAUUUCACCUUCUUGGGCUCAAGUUUGUUCAACCUUCGAGACAGUUGGUAGAGAAGCAUUACGAGGAGCAUCUGGGCAGGCCGUUUUACGAGGGAUUGGUGAAUUACAUGACUUCUGGUCCUGUUUUGGCUUCUGUUUGGGAAGGAAAGAACAUUAUUUCCAGUUCAAGGUCGCUGUUGGGCGCCACAGACCCGUCAAAAGCAGCGCCCGGGACGAUCCGCGGCGAUCUGGCUACCCAAGUCGGCCGUAAUUUAGUACACGCUUCCGACUCACCUGCCAACGCGGAGAGAGAGAUUGGCUUAUGGUUUCAGCCCGAAGAAGUGCAAAGCUGGAGCAGGGCGCUAAAAAAGUGGAUCAAUGAAGAGAAUUGA